AUGAUGCUGCUUUUAGAACGCGAAAACCUGCUUCAAGAGUUUUCGCCUCGAAUGGGGUCUGGUACUUUUGGACUUCGCUCAAUUGGAUAUCGCUAUAACAAGAUUCAUCUCACAAUUCAGUCUCAACAAUUAGUCGUGGCAGAUGGACGGGUUCUCGAGUCAUUAGCGCCGAGAGGGUCUUUUCGUCCCCACUGGAUCUGGGCUCCAGGGAUCCGUCCCGUCCCGUCCCGUCCCGUAAUUGGGCCUCGUCUCGCCUCAGCAAGAAAGUUGAAACUACUAGCAUUUUCCUUCUUCCUUUUAAAAUACUCAUUUCGCAGUAUUUCUAAUCAUCCCAAUGACCUCAAUGCCCUUCAUGACCAGAUAGACCACCCUACAAUGCCUCACGUCGACGUGUUGCAGCGCGCUGGAGAACGACUGAGAACUUCCCUCAACCGUCCUUCAUCCUCUCCUCUCUGUCUAAACCAGAAACGCAUUCGAUUUGUCUUCAUCGCGGCGGCCAUUUUACUCUUUAUUCUCUUUGUUUCGCACUCAAACGAGAAUCGAUACCGAAUACAAGCCUCCUUCCAGCGCGAGUCCAAAGCUGCCGAGUCUGUGCGAUUACAACGGCGUGCUCAAGUAAAGGGGGCUUUUCAGCAUGCUUGGAACGGAUACAAAAAGAAGGCAUGGUUACACGAUGAACUCUUGCCAGUCUCUGGUGGGCACAAAGAUCCAUUUGUUGGCUGGGCGGCGACAUUAGUGGAUAGUCUAGACACGUUGUGGAUCAUGGGAUUAAAGAAUGAGUUUGAGGAUGCACUUGACGCCAUAGAGCAAAUUGAUUUUACAAAGCCGAAUGCAGAGCGGGUCCCUGUUUUCGAAGUCACGAUCCGAUACUUGGGUGGGCUACUUGGUGCAUGGGAUAUUAGCGGGCACAAGUAUCCAAUACUCCUCCGGAAAGCGCAACAGUUGGGAGACUUCCUUUAUGGGGCAUUCAACACUGAAAGUGGGAUUCCCACUCCUUAUUAUUGGUGGGAAAACGCCGGCCCUGGAAAGAUAGAAGGCGAGAACGGGGUGAUAGUCGCCCAGAUUGGAAGUUUGAGCCUUGAGUUUAUCCGGCUUGGCCAGAUCACUGGAGACGCGAAGUAUGCAGAUGCGAUCCAGAAAAUCACAGAUCAGUUAGCGCAAACGCAAGAUAGCAAUGCCUUGCCUGGGCUUUGGCCAUCGUUUGCCAAUUGUAUGGGAGACAGCUUGUCAUUCUCGAAUCGUGAUUUUACACUCGGUGCAUUUGCUGACUCUCUAUAUGAAUACCUACCCAAGACACAUCUUAUACUACCUUCAUCUUCUCCUACCGCGCAGCAGUACCUCGAAAUGUACCGCAUCGCUCUCCCUUCUUUCCGCAGGCAUCUUUUCUUCCGUCCUUCGCUUCCCGGAGAACCAGAUAUACUGUUCUCUGGUAAUGCCAAUGCUAACAACGGCUCUGCAAAGCUCGAUACAGCAAUCCAACAUCUUGGUUGUUUCGUUGGUGGGAUGGUAGGAUUGGGAGCUAAAAUUAACGAGUCUCCAGCGGAACUAGAAACCGCCAUAAAGCUGACGAACGGCUGUGUCUGGGCUUACGAAAAUACACCGUCCGGAAUCAUGCCCGAAAUCUUCCAUGUCGACCAAUGCGCUGACCGUACUUCUUGCACUUGGAAUAGUCAGGGCCACGGAUUUACGCGCGUGGAUGAUUCAUCCUAUCAACUCCGUCCGGAGGCUAUCGAAUCUGUAUUCGUUAUGUACCGUCUCACGGGUGAUCCAUCAUGGCAGGAAAAAGGGUGGAGAAUGUUUGAGUCUAUAGAGAAACACUCAAGAACCAGUAUUGCACAUGCGAGACUGGAAAACGUGAUGGAUCCGAAUCCAAACAAAAACGAUUCAAUGGAGAGCUUUUGGCUGGCGGAGACGCUGAAGUAUUUCUAUCUGCUGUUCAGUGAGCCCGAGUUAGUCAGUUUAGAUCAGUACGUCCUGAACACAGAAGCACAUCCGUUCAGGAGAGGGGGAUGA